AUGGCUCGCACAUCCGGUCUCGUGGCGCCCCUGAUCCUCAGGCUUAUUGCUACCGUCGCUGCCGCUUCUCUCCCGGGCCCAGAUGCCAAUGGCAUUCUGCCUGCCAUUGGCUAUGACCCGUCCGCAGCUUUCUCUGUGGCGCAAGACGCUCUCCCUGCCGAAGUGAUUCACUAUAACACGCAGGCUCUGCUUGCCAUGGGCAACCUAGUUGCUGAGCCUAGCAACCACACUGAAAUCGGCAUGGCUGAGCGAGACAUCUUUGGGAACGACGACAGAGAGAACUGGGAGAACAGCGAUUAUCCGUACUCCGCCAUGGGAAAGCUCUCGUGGUCAGACGGCCAUUGGUGUACAGGAACACUGAUUGGCCCCCGCCAUGUUCUCACAGCUCGACACUGCACGCCUACAACCGAUCCGAGCAUCAGCCUCCGCUUCUCCCCCUUCUACUACGACGGCGAAACCCGCUACUCUGGCUCUCCUGUCAUCGCGUUCAUCUGGCCGACCGAUGACGCCGGUGAGUGCUACUACGGCGAGGACUGGUCAGUGCACAUUCUGCAGGACCGUCUAGGCGAGGCUCAGGGGUGGCUCGGUGCCCGCGCGCUCGGGCCGGAGUGGCUCGACCGCGACAUCUUCCACAACUUUGGGUACCCCGCGGACCGUUUCAAUGGCGAGCGGCCCAUUCGCUCUGCUGGCGGCCGGAUGUUUGAGAUGGGCGGUUGCACCAGCGACAGCCCUACACUGAGCAACAUUGAUGUUAUCUCUGGCCAGUCUGGUAGCCCCAUCUGGGAGUACAAUCCGGACAGAUACGUGCAAGGCGUCCUGUUCGGCUCGAGCCCCUCGAGUUCCGUGUGGGCAACAGGUCAAUCCUUUGUUAAUGGCGUGGUUGCAGCCCGCAAUGACUUUCCUUAG